AUGGAGUUCCUGUCGCAAACAUACGUCGCCUUGCGUGGACCCGCCGGCGCUCCCCAAACAGCUCAUGAUACCAUCGCUCGUCUAGUUGACCGCCUGUCACCCUCCACUUUGCUGGCGGACCGUCGCGCCGCAGUGCUGUCGCUCAAGGGCCUCUCGCGGGAUCACAAGCAGGAGAUCGGCGAACAUGCCUUGGAUGGGCUACUGGAAGUUCUGGAAAAUGACGCCGAGAUUGACGCGGACAUUGCCAAGGCCGUGCUCGAGACGUUGCAUACGUUAUGCGAUACCGAGGAUCCAAAGCCCGGCGCGAAGGAACUCGGAUUCAAGCACAGCGACCAGGUGCUCGUCAGUGAUAGGCCUACGCACAAGCUCUUUGCUCUUCUCGGAGAUACCACGUUCUAUGUCCGCUUCGCCACGCUGCAGCUGCUCGCUACCCUCUUGCAGAACCGUCGGCAGGUGGUACAAGCCUACUUUCUCAAGGCCCCCGCUGGACCGUCGAGCGUGAUAGCUGCGCUUGAAGACAAGCGAGAGAUAAUACGGAAUGAGGCCAUGAUCAUGGUUCAAGCCCUAAUCUCCCAAAGCCCGGAUAUCCAGAAGGUCCUUGCGUUUGAAGGAGCAUUUGAGAAGCUGUUCAAUACCAUAAGACAAGAAGGCGGCGUUGAAGGCGGCGUGGUAGUGCAGGACGCGCUUGCGUGCGUCGAUGGUUUGUUGAGGUUUAACUCGUCAAAUCAGAGCUAUUUCCGUGAAACGCCUCUGCCCCCUUUGCUCUGUGCUCUGCUGUUAUUCCCGCCGAACCUUUCGCCUCAGGAACCCUCCCCACAAGAAUUUGCACUCCAAUUCUGGGAGCCCCAAAAGACCAAGAACGCAGGCUUGAUUAUUGGUAUCAUUGGUAUGCUUGUCGGCUCCAAAGGCGGAAGUCUUCAAGAAACCGCUGUUUUCACCCGUUGCUUGAUUGAGAUCGCGCUGGCAUCCAAUGCGCCGACGCCGCUGAAGACGCAGGCAUUACGACUGUUACCUGCUAACUUGGCCAUACCGCUCUCCGGUCUCGUGCUCACGCCGUAUAUGCCCGUGCCUGAUACCAACGGCGAAGAAUGGGAUAGGCUGGAACCCGCCUCCGCGCUGGAUGUACUGGUUGAACUAGUCCUUCAUGGCGAAUACAACAACAUCAUCGGCCGGCCUCGCGGCAGAGACAACCUCGAGCUCCGAUCCGCAGCGCUCAGCAUGUUCGAGAACUUCGUUCGAAGAGACGACAUGAACGAGACUAUUCUACAAGCUAUGCUCCCUUUCGAAGGAGAGAACACUCCUCCGCCUAUCACGCCUCUGCUGCACGCGCUCAUCGCUCCGCCCACUUCGCCGUUGGAUUCCGAAGCGGUGGCGUCUACGCACUUUGCAUCACUUCUUUUCGCGCACCUCUUGCGGGGAUCACCACAGGCGAAGACGCUCGCCCGCGGCAUCUUCCCGCAACCUAUUUCGGCGGAUCCUAAUGCCGUAGGUGGCCAGUUCUUCGUGCCCGCCGACGGAUCCGCUCCACCGCCCGCCCCGGAACCGGAGCCGGAAGAGGAAGAGCCGCAGAGCCUGCUGCAGAUACUCAGUGAGCAUUUGUCGUUGUCGUUCCUAUCCCGUGCAAGGGCGGACACCUCCGAUCGGGAGAAGAGAGAGUGGGACAGGCUCAUAGUAGGAUACUCGUGUUUGUUGUCGGAGUGGCUGUGGGAGGAUCCCAAAUCCGUGCGCGAUUUCUUGCAAGCGGGAGCGUUGGGCAUGUUAGUUGAGCCUGUGAACCAAUCUACCGAAGUGGACGUGGUUGUCCCUGCUCUGUGCGCUUUCCUGCUGGGCGUCUGUUACGAGUUCAAUCGCGAGCCAGGCGAAGUCACCAGAGCCACGAUACACCCCAUCCUCAGUCGUUUGGGCAUCGAGACACUCGUUGGACGUAUGACCCGUUUCCGCGAAGAUGAGCGCUUCAAGGCGAUUAGCCCAGAGUCGAUCGUUCUCCCGUACCCAACGCCGGCGGAACUCAAUCCUGGCCUUCGUGCGGAAGGUGACGAGGCUGAGGUCUGGUUCGACUGGGCUUUUGUCGACUUCUGGAAAUCCAACUACUAUCUCAUUCAGAGAGGCAUCGGCUCGGAUCCCAAUUCAUCGCCGUCUGCAUUUCCAGGCCAAAGCGCAGAGACCGCGAUGUUGGUUUCGUCGCUGCGUGAGGUGAUCUCAAACCAAGCGAAGGAAAUCGAAUCCCUUCGCACCAAGCUGCAACAAGUCACCACGAGCAAAGAUGCCGAGCUUGAGGCGCUCCGGGUGCAGAUGACCUCUUUGACCAGCGAGCUCCAGGCGUCAUCCGAGAAGCAGAAGGAGGCGGAGAAAGAACAAGAGGAUCUGCUGGUGCUGUUGGACGAACUGAGCAACAAGCGCAAGAACGACAAGGCGAAGAUGCGGGCCGCUAAUCUUGAGGUGUCCGAGGAUGAGGCGGAAGAUGACGACGAGGACGAGGGGUGA